AUGGGCAAACUUAAAGUAACCAUCAUUUCUGCACGUGAUUUAGAAGGAAAGGAUAUUGGAGGUACAUCAGAUCCUUUUGUUGUUGUUUCUGUUGGAACAAUUAAACACAAGACUGACCACUUGACCAAGACUACUAAUCCAACUUGGAAUACUUCUCUCUUCUUUGAUUUGCCACCAAGUGUCAACCCAGCCACAGAAUCAGCUUCUUUUGAAGUUUUUGAUUAUGAUCGUUUGGGAUCUUCUGACUUGAUUGGAAGAGCAACAAUUGCUUUGGGAACACUUUACAAAGGACACGCUCAAAAAGUUGAUUUAAGGUUGGCCAACUCAAGGAAUGGAAUCUUAUCUGUUGAAUUGUUGGCAGAAGAUUUUGGACAAGCCAUACCAACUACUACUCAAACCACAACUAAUCCACAACAAGGUGGUUUUCCACCACAACAACAAGGAUAUCCUCAACAAGGUUACCCUCAACAAGGUUACCCUCAACAACAAAUGUAUCCACCACAACAAGGAUAUCCACAACAACCAUACUAUGGACAACCUCCAAUGCAAGGAUAUGGCUAUCCUCCUGAACAAGGAUACCCACAACAAGGUGGUUUUCCACCACAACAAGGAUACCCACAACAAUAUCCACCACAACAAUAUCCUCCUCAACAAGGAUAUCCACCAUAUCAAUAA